AUGGAGAAACCGGCAAUAAGAACAAAUGCAGGGAAAGCCAAAGUGUGUGGGACAUUAAUAGGAAUAGGUGGAGCAAUGGUAUUCACAUUUUACAAAGGUAUAGACAUAAACAUCUGGUCAACAAAUGUAAACCUUUUAAAGCAUCAUCAUCAUCAACAAGUAGGUCAUGGACCUUCAUAUCAUGGCACUGGUCACUUCAUUAUCGGUGCUUUUUUUGGUCUUUUGAGUUGCGUUUCUUUCUCUUUGUGGUUGAUCAAUCAGGCUAAAAUGAGUGUGGGGUUUCCGUACUUGUAUUCAAGCACUGCUUUGAUGUGUUUGAUGGGAUCAAUACAAGGAGCUUUGUAUGCAGUUUGUACUCUGAGGGAUUGGAAUCAAUGGAAGCUUGGGUGGAAUGUUAGGCUUUUAACUGUUGCUUUUGUGGGAAUUAUGGGAUCUGCUUUGUUCAUGUUCUUAGUAUCAUGGACUGUUAGGUUGAAGGGACCAUUGUAUGUAGCUAUAUUUAAUCCAUUGGGGCUUGUGCUUGUUGCUUUUGUGGGAUCUUUGUUACUCGAUGAAAAGCUGCAUUUAGGAAGGUAAUAAAUCACCAAAGAUGAGCUUUCAAAACAGUGUCUUGUGCAACAAAUAUAUCUGGCAGCAAACUGUAAGUUGCUGCUAAUGGCCAAAUUUUUUUUUCCUAGUUUUGAAGGGAAAAAAGAUAAAAUUUUAAGCUAAAAUUAUUACAGGUGGAGUUUCAGUUCCUUUAUGCUCUUGUUCUUCAUCAGUUUCUUUAUUUUCACUUUGUUUAUCUUCUUCUAUUUCGUUAAUUGAUUCUUCAUCAACUGUUGGUACUGGUACUAACUGUGUUUUUUGCUUCAUCUCUUUGGCUUUGCCCC